AUGGGCAGUGAUUUGCCCCCUCCUGCAGCUGCUGAGCUCUGCUUCGAGAACCUGAAUGGAUCCUGUGUCAAAAUUUCCUACUCGCCUGGGAUUCGCCUGAUUUUGUAUAUAGUGUUCUGCUUUGGAUCUUGGCUGGCUGUAUUUGGAAACCUCUUGGUGAUUAUUUCAAUUCUUCAUUUCAAGCAGCUGCACUCUCCAACCAACAUUCUCAUCUCCUCCCUGGCCUGUGCUGACUUCCUGGUGGGCGUCACGGUGAUGCCCUUCAGCAUGGUCAGGUCCGUCGAGAGCUGCUCGUACUUCGGGCAGAGCUUCUGUACUUUUCACUCGUACUGUGAUGUGGCUUUUUGUUUCUCCUCUCUCUUCCACUUGUGCUUCAUCUCCAUCGACAGGUACAUUGCUGUUACUGACCCUCUGCUCUAUCCUACCAAAUUCACCAUAUCUGUUUCUGGCAUAUGUGUUGCCUUCUCCUGGCUCUUUUCCAUUGUUUAUUCUUUCACCCUUCUUAGCACAGGUGCAAAUGAAGUUGGGCUGGAGGAACUAGUCAGUGCUCUCACCUGUGUGGGAGGCUGUCAAGGUGCAGUGAAUCAAAGUUGGGUAUUGGUAAAUUUUCUAUUAUUUUUCAUACCCUCGCUUGUGAUGAUCAUUGUUUACUCCAAGAUUUUCCUCAUCGCUAAACAACAGGCUAGAAAAAUGGAAAGUAUGAGCAAUAAAACUGUGGGAUCAUCAGAUAGCUACAAAGACAGAGUGGCCAGGAGGGAGAGAAAAGCAGCAAGAACACUGGGCAUCACAGUGAUAGCGUUUUUGGUUUCAUGGUUGCCAUACAUCAUUGAUUCAAUAAUUGAUGCCUUCCUAGGUUUCAUCACACCCACAUAUAUUUUUGAAAUAUUAGCUUGGAUUGCUUACUAUAACUCAGCAAUGAACCCCUUGAUUUAUGCUUUAUUUUAUCCUUGGUUUCGAAAAGCCAUGAAGCUAAUCAUCACUGGUCAAGUCUUAAGAGAAAAUUCCUCAACGAUAAAUUUAUUUUCUGAGUAG